AUGAAAAACGAUAGCGACGAUGUUUAUUCUCGUCUACGUGUAAGUCGAGAGGAAGUCGAACUCUUUCAAGAUCCUUCCGUUACAACUGAUGCUCCGGAAAACUUCAGCGGACCAAGCACCUCUUCAGGAAAUGCAAACAAGGAUCCUUCAGAUUCAGUGUCUGCUGCGCGCGGCCUGAGUAGUGCUAGCAUUGAAAAGUACCGCAUGCUUUUGCAAAGGAAGCGAAAGGCACUUGGGAUCGGUAGUGGUACCUUGAAGACAAAGGUCCUCGUGAACAAGGAGGAAG